AAUCCGCGGGACGUUUCUUCUAAUAAAUAUAACAAAAAAGCGGUGUUCAUCCACGAGACGCGUUUUGAAUGCAUCAGAAAGUGGUACGCGCUAUUUGCGUGCCGCCUAAGAUGAAAAUCAUUCGAAAUACGCUUGUACCACUUGUACGCCAAAUAUGGAGGUGUCAGACGACGUUAGCCCCCCAGAACCUUCCACAGCGAGCCUCAGGUACAACUUCCAGCGUUGCCACUUGUGUCCCUACAGAUGCAACUUUCUUGUAACCCUUUACUCGCACUUAAAGCAGCACGAGCGUCCCUCCGGCGACUCUUUUAGCUGCAUGGAGCCGCCUUUGAGUAAAUAUAAGUGCGCACAGUGCGCUUUCGAAACCCACGUGAAAGUCAAACUCCACAAUCACGUCCGCGUAUUUCACAAAAACCAGCCCCAUUUCGCGGGGCUUUCACAAGUCAUGAAGAAGUACGUUUGUAGGAAAUGCAACUUUCAGUGUUUUUCGGAGCUCGUGUUUGGGGACCACCGGUGCCUGGACUUGAUAAACGCGGGAGCGUUCAGGUGUGGGUAUUGUUGUUUCAAGGCGCCAAUCCUGCGCACGUUACGGAGACAUUUGUUGAAAAAGCACAAAGCGAAGGCUUAUAGAUGCGACCAGUGUUCGUACGAGUCGGUUAAGAGCACGAAUUUCAGAGAGCAUUUGAGGAGGGGGCACGGGUUGGUUGGCAAAGAGAGGGCGAGGUGUUCACGCACAAAAAAGAAAUUCGGUUGUGCUUAUUGUGGUUUUGGGAGUGUGGAUUUGGCAGAGUUGCGAAGGCACAAUGUAGAAAAACACAAGGUUGAUUGUUAUCAGUGUGAACACUGUCCGUAUUCGAGCAAAGACAGCUGUAAUUUUCGCUCUCAUGUGAGUAGGAGGCAUGGGGUGGUUGAGUGGGUGCAGUGUGCCCACUGUCCGUACAAAUCUAAGUCUAAAGCGACCCUUAAAGUCCACAUACUGUAUAAACACACACGGAACGAGGAUAUCAAGUGGUUCGAGUGUGCGCACUGCUGUCUUAAGUGCAAACGCAAAUCGGAUCUUAAAAAACACAUAAUCUCAAGACAUACACCUGAUGAACAGAUUCAGUGGUUUCUAUGCCAGUUUUGUAUUUUUAAAGCCAAACAUAAGUCUGAUUUAAACCAACAUGUUUCUUUGAAACAUGAUAACUGUGAUAUAAAGUGUGAGCAAUGUGAAUAUAGAGCCAAGAGUAAGGGUCUUCUAAGGAAGCACUUAAGAACCGUACACUUGAAAAGUAUUAAUUGGUUUAGGUGUGAACAGUGCGAUUAUAAAGCUAAGCAUACGACGCGCUUGAAGGAACACGUGAUAGCGAAACACACAGACAGCGAGGAUAUUCAAUGGUUCAGAUGUGCCCACUGUGCCUAUAAAGGUAAACAGAAGUCUCAUCUGGAAGGCCACCUGGCGACGAAACACGGAAAUUUUGAAGGGAUCAAGUGGCUUACUUGCAACGACUGUGGGUAUAAGAGCACACGCAAAAAUAGCCUGAAGGCACACAUUGUGGCCAAGCAUAUCUCGUCCACAAAAAACAAAAAUUAAAUUUAUUAUUGAAGUUUUCGUUACAAAAUAAG